UGUGUCUGCGUUGUGCUUUUACAUUGGGUUUGUUAUCAGGACUGCAUUUCUGGGCUGCUUAAAAAAAGUCUUUGUUUUAAUUGUUCAUCCAUCUGUGGACGCUGAAACUUCAGGCUCUCCCAAGAUGGCAGGAGAAAUCUUCACCACUUUGGAUCCCUAUAAUGUGGACUGCACCAACAUCCAUCCUCUGGUUUGUCACCUGUGUCAUGAACAGUACCAGUCCCCAUGUCUGCUGGACUGUUACCACAUCUUCUGUGCCCGCUGCCUGCGAGGCCGAACCAGCGACAACCGCCUCAGCUGCCCCCUCUGUGGAUAUUUAUCCACGGUGAAGGGAAACAACAGCCUUCCCCCAGAAGACCGGCUGCUCAAGUUCCUUGUUGACAAUAAUGCAGACACUGAGGAAUCGGUCCCAUGUGCCAACUGUGACCAAGAAAGUAACAAAAAGGAUUCUGGGAUGAUGUUCUUCUGCAACACUUGCAGCCAACCCCUGUGUGCGACCUGCAAGGAGCUGACUCACAAAGCCAGGAUGUUUUCUCACCAUGAAAUUGUUUCACUGGCCAAACGCACAAAGGCCCGGCACAGGAAGUGUCCUCUCCAUGAAGAGCCCUACAUACUGUUCUCCACAGAGAACACAUCCAUGCUCUGCAUCAAGUGCUUCAGAGACAUGCAGGUGGAGAGCCGGACCCACUGCAUUGACAUUGAAACAGCUUAUAUGCAGGGCUGCGAGAUGUUGGAUCAGGCUGUUCUGGUAGUGAAGGAGCUGCAGACUUCAGCCCGUGAGGCGAUCCUUCUGCUCAGAUCAAUGAUUGGAGAAGUUUGUCUAAACGUAGAGGAGGAAGAGAACGCAAUCUGCAGUCUGUUCAACAGCUUGCAGGAAAAACUUGCUGAGAGGAAAAAGAUUCUGCUGAAAGUGGCACAGAGUCAGCAUGAAGAGAAGGAGAGAGCUCUGAAGGAACAGCUCUCCCACCUCACUGCCCUGUUACCAACUCUGCAGGUUCACAUGGUCACCUGCUCAGCCUUCCUCAGCUCAGCUAACAAGUUUGAAUUUUUGGACAUGGGCUACCAACUCAUGGAGCGACUGAAGAGGAUUGUUAAACUCCCACAUCGGCUGAAACCAGUUCAGAGCAGCAAGAUCAACACUGACUACAGAAAUGAGUUUGCCCGUUGUCUGGAGCCCUUACUGCUGCUGGGUCAGCGCUGCCUUCCCUCGGUCGCUGGUUCCACAUGUGUUGCUACAAGGCUCCAGUCCCCUCUCUCUAUGUCCUGUCGCUCCCCAUCCCUGAGUGAGAUGCCACUAGAAUCCGUGUUAGGACGAAGACCGACGUCACACCGCAACAUCUGCACGAAGGUGCUGCUGGCCGAAGGGAGGGAGACGCCUUUCACCGAACACUGUCGCAACUAUGAGAACUGCUACAGGACCCUCCAGACUGACAUUCAGAACCUGAAGGACCAGGUCCAGGAGCUGCACCGAGAUCUGACCAAACACCACACCACCAUCAACACGGAUACUAUGGGCGAGAUCCUGGACAGGUCGCUGCACAUUGACAGCCAGAUAGCUUCGCAGUAUUCCACAGUGGAAACUAUGAGAGUCAUGUUUGAAGAGAUCUGGGAGGACACUUUUCAGAGGGUCACAAAUGAGCAGGAGAUUUAUGAAGCUCAGCUGCUUGACCUCAUGCAGCUGAAACAGGAGAACUUCUACCUGACGACCAUCGCCAGGCAGAUCAGCCCCUACAUCAUGUCCAUCGCUAAGGUCAAAGAGAGACUGGAACCCAGGUUUCAGGAGCCUACGGAGCAACAGGACGACCGCACGGAAAUGAUGUUGAAAAUCUACGACGACAGUUCACUAUCGAAGGAAAGCCAGCAAAGCAACAGGCAGACCAGUGUCACAGACCACGACCGAGACAAGAACAAGCGCCCACUGAUCCCCCAAUCAGAGGAGCUCUGCAUCAAAUCAUCUGCUCAUCCUGACAGACAGAGGGCGACCACGGAGACAUCCAGCCUCAAGGAGAUACCGUCAUAAAACUUCGGUUGAUCUCGUCUCCCUUUCCCUUUCCUUCUCCCUUUCCUAACUCCGUGCCUGGAAAGAAAAAUCAACUUUAACAAACGCAGGACAGUGUGUGACUGUCUCAGACGUCCAGGUACCAGAGGUGACGGCGGCAGACGAGCUGUCUGCCUUAAGGUACAGGAAGUGUUGGUCAAACGAUCACAGCUGUCAGAGUGGUGGAGAAGAAGAAGACUCCAAUGAAGACAUUUAACAUCCUGGACUGGAGAGUCCCUUCUUAUCUGGACCGUGUGUUUAUGCUUUGAUUCUGCUGGUUUUAGUCAGAUGUUUUUUAAUAGUCUUAUAGUGUUCACCUGUCCUUUGUCUGUCAUAUAUUUUUAAGAAGCCAGAGACGGAUGAUAAAUGAUUGAACUUCAGGAGCUGAAGUGAUGACAGCCGCAGCAGAGCGGGCCGCUGAUUGUCACUCUGGGUGUCAGCAGAGGUCACAUAUUGAUUUGUGUGGUGAGCGUCGUCUCCUGCAUCAGUCUGGUCCAACGUGUAAAGCUGUCUGUUUCCUCAGCGCUGUCUGCAGCGUGGUUUGUUUCUACAGCUACAGAGGUUGUUGUUUUUUUUAAAGAAAGUCUAUACUGUGUGAACGUUUCAGGGUCUGUCAGACUCCAGUGUUUUAGACUGCACACUGAUAACUGAGCAGACCAAGGGCAAUGUGCAGCUCUACAGAAAAGAUAUUCCUCCCUGUUUGCCUCCCUCCAUUAUAUCACUGUCCACAGACAUUUACCCUCUAAGAAAAGCUGCAAACUUUUCUUCCUUCUGACCUCUUGUCUACAUUUUUUUCUUGUCAUUGUGGCAUUUAAGCAAAUCACAUGUCAAAGUUGAUGAGACACAACUGUCCUUAAUCAUUUUCUCUAUGGUCUAAUACAUUGUUUCCCAAAGACUGGGUCGCGACCCUCAGGUGGGUCGCAAGAGAUUUUAUUUUGGGACGUCUUGCCUCCCAGGAGUUUACAAAUAAUGUCUAUUGACUUGGGUUGCGAAGGUCCCCCCCCCCACUACCACCUCACUGCGCCCCCCCAGGGGGACCCGCCCCACUAUUUGAGAAGUACUGGGUUAAAGACAGAGGACAAAUUUCACUGUGUGCGGUGGUGUGCUGUGCCGUAAUGACAAUAAAUCACCUUCACUUCACUUCUUUAUGCUACAGUGCAUCUUUGUUAAGUUUUAGCAUCGUCCUGAUUAAUAGCAGUAAUAUCUGUCAGUGUUUUCACCAACAUUUAUUUUAUAUGUAGAAUAUGUUCCCUGAGGAAAGAGCGCUAAGGUGACAGGGGAAUAAAAAUUUUCCAGAUUCAUUUUGAUUAAAUCUAAGCUUUUUAUGGAACCUCUAUCAGUUAGAAGCACAUUGUUUUCAGCUGUUUCAAUUAUUUUGGCACCAUUAUCCUGCAUCUUUGCUAACUGUUAGCAUCUUCUGGAUUAUUCAAUGACACUAAUAUCAUAAACUUUAAGUGUUUAUUAGCAUUACUUUUUUAAGCAGAGUAAAACGCUGUAUGAAUUUCUUACCAAUUGAUGUAAAAAUUCAUAAGAAAAGUAAGGUGAUACUUGGUGUGUUACUGAUAGUGUUUUGUAAAUUAAAUCAAUAAAUAAAUGUUGAAAACAGUGGUUUGGAUUCAAAAAUGCAAAGCACUUGUCUGACAGUCGGUCAAACUCCGCAGAUUUAAAAUCAAACCGACAGACACGGCUGUAAACAGCUACAGCUCCUUUUUUUAAAAAAAACAAAACAACAAAAAACAUCCAUAUCGUGGCAUUAAAAAACAUUAAGAACCAGUGAGCUUCCGACGUAGGAGCAAUCCAAGGUGAAACCUCCUCUCCUGCUCCCAGCUCAGGGACAAAACCCGUCCCUAUUCUCGGCACAGGUAAGGAUAAAAUAAUGAGGCGCCAGACUGAUGGCUUCAGCCGGCAGGAGGGGAAGGUUAUUUACAUUAGACCGCUGGAGCUCAAGCAACUCGUUUGCAGCCACUGCUUCAUUGGAAAUAUUGGGGUCAUGAUGGCCUUAAGGAACAGUCCCGCUCUGCAGAGGAGUCAGAGGUGCACACUCAUUAAAAUACAUGUGUGACAGCAGAGUAACAAAUGGCUGUGCCUGUGCCUUGCUGCUGUACCCAGUCCCCGUGGUCAUUCAUCAUCUGCACUCAUCGAACCACGCCGCUCCAUGUUCAGUGUU